AUGGCUACCAAAGGAAGAAUGAGAAACCUUCUUCUUCUCUCUUUGUCAUGCUACUGUUUCUUCAUCAGCCCUGUGUACUCACAAACGCACACAAUCUUCUGGGGUCAACAGAUGGGAGAUAGGGAGGAGCUGAUUUCAGAAAACAAGGUCUUUGUAUUGAAAUUCUUUAGUACUGGGACUACAGGCAGCCGUUAUUUAGGCAUAUUUUACAACACAGGACGACCUGACGAGAAGGCCGUGUGGGUGGCGAACCGAAACAGCCCUAUCCUUGAUGCAUCCGGGAGCCUGACAAUCGACGUUGAUGGCCGGUUGACAAUUUCAUGCAGUGGAGGCAUUAAUGCUGUUUUAUCUAAUUCUCUUCCAGCAAAUGCAAGUGCUACACUGCAGGAUUCGGGCAAUUUUGUACUGAGCGAACUCAAUUCAAAUGCGGGUUUUGUGGCAAAGCUUUGA